AAUAUACUGAUGUGUAUACAGGUGUACUUUUUUGCUCCUCUUCUCACGAAGUCCUAUCGGAGCCGCCCUGCCGGUGACAAGCAGGAGGCGGCUGCUGGCCGCCAGGUGGCGCUGCGGGGCCGGGCAGGGCUGGGCGCGGUGGCUCUCCUCAGCGGCGCCCCCUCUCGGCCACUCCGGGCGCAUCCCCCGCGGCGGUCCGGUUCCUGCUCCGUCGCUCCCGAAAGUGCUCUGCUGCACCCGCGCUGCGGAGGACAGCCCCGCCGAGACCUCUCUCCAGCACCCCGGGUCCGGAGGAAGGAAAAGGAAGAGGGAUAUUUUCUCUCUUUUCAUUGUUAUUAUUUUUUUUCCUUUGAUGAACUCAGUGAAGUUCGGACAGCUGACCGUGGUCCUCCCCGCUGCCGGAGGGGGAACCCCUAUUAGGGAGGAAAAAAACUCCUAAAAGGUUAACCUAAGAAGAGCUUACACCCACGGCUCCUCAGCCUCUUCGGAUCCCAGUAGCCCUCAGCUGCGGGUGCCAAUGCCAGUAAGCUCCUCCGAGCGGCAGGAGAAGCUCCGUGCCCUCGUUAGGCAGUGCUGCCGAGGCAGCAGCACAGACUCCGCGCUCUCCGGCGGAGGUCUCGAAGGAGGCAGAAGGAGGAUCCGCUAGGAUCCAGGUAGAUCCAGCUUUUACCGCUUACCAAAAGCCACCACCAGCAGGACCUCCGUCUCCUCCCUCCCUCCUCCCCAACUCCCUCCCUCCCCUGCCCCUCCGCGAUGAGAGACGGGCCAAAGUCCGCGAGCGCCAGCAGCGCUCGCUGCCAGGGGCGGACGGAUCGCUUUCAUGUCACAGGGUGACUGCUAGCCCUGCGGAAGCUCCCCGGGCCGGGCUGGGGCGGCGGGAGGGCAGCUGCCCCGAGCCCGGGGUGACUGCCGGCCCCGCGGAAUGCUGUCGGCGGGGGAUGCGGAGCGGGCUGUGGACUAACAUGGGGGGCAGCCACUCGCACAGGGCGCCCGUGUUCGACGAGAACGAGGACGUUAACUUUGACCAUUUUCAAAUAUUGCGGGCUAUUGGCAAAGGGAGUUUUGGAAAGGUGUGCAUUGUACAGAAGAGAGACACCAAGAAAAUGUAUGCCAUGAAAUACAUGAAUAAACAGAAGUGCAUUGAGAGAGAUGAAGUUCGGAAUGUUUUUCGGGAGCUACAGAUCAUGCAAGGCCUAGAGCAUCCCUUCCUAGUCAACCUGUGGUAUUCCUUUCAAGAUGAAGAAGACAUGUUCAUGGUGGUUGAUCUCUUGCUUGGAGGAGACCUGAGGUACCAUUUGCAGCAGAAUGUUCACUUUAAUGAAGGAACCGUCAAACUGUACAUCUGUGAGCUGGCACUUUCCCUGGAUUAUUUGCAGAGAUACCACAUCAUUCACAGGGAUAUCAAACCUGACAACAUAUUACUGGAUGAGCAUGGACAUGUUCAUAUCACUGACUUUAACAUUGCAACCAUAGUAAAAGGCUCAGAAAAGGCUUCAUCUAUGGCUGGCACAAAGCCCUACAUGGCUCCAGAAGUGUUCCAGGCCUUUAUGGAUGGAGGUCCAGGAUACUCGUACCCUGUUGACUGGUGGUCUCUAGGAAUUACAGCGUAUGAAUUGUUGAGGGGUUGGAGGCCAUAUGAAAUUCAUUCAGCCACCCCCAUUGAUGAGAUACUCAACAUGUUCAAGAUAGAAAGAGUCCACUACUCAUCUACAUGGUGCAAGGGCAUGACAGCAUUACUAAAAAAGCUCCUCACCAAGGACCCGGAGUGCCGUCUUUCAAGUCUUGCAGAUAUCCAAAGCUCUCCAUACUUAGUUGAUGUCAACUGGGAUGCUGUUCUGGAUAAAGCUGUGACUCCAGGCUUUGUUCCUAAUAAAGGAAGACUGAACUGUGAUCCAACAUUUGAACUUGAAGAAAUGAUCUUGGAGUCCAAGCCCCUUCACAAAAAGAAAAAGAGACUUGCCAAAAACAAAUCCAAGGAUGGAACUAAAGAAAGCUGCCCUCUGAACAUACACCUGCAGCAGUGCUUGGAAACUGUUAGGAAAGAAUUCAUCAUAUUCAACAGAGAGAAACUAAGAAGGCAGCAGGAUCAAAGCGGGCAGACUUCCAGCACAGACAGCAGAGCAUCCUUGCAGAGCCAUGGGAAGCUUCAAGAUGGACGUAACAACAACUUGCUUGGACAUGGCUGUACAAGAGGCUGCAGCAGCUAGUGAGCUACAGCUCCACACAGGCUUUCACCUGGGGGUGAGGAAGAAUCCUCUCCCACAUGCCUUCAUACUCACCCCUUGGAUCCCAAGCAAUCAGUCCUCCUGCAGGAUCCCCAGCUGAGGGCAAGUCCACAGAGAAAAUGGCCGAGAACUUCCAUCUAAGACUGUUCUUCUGACUCUGCCAUUGGAAAAAAGAGACCAUCAAGAACAAAAUGCAGUUUUAUAAGUUUGACUUUCCUUUUCAAAAUCCUGGAAGAAAACUUGAAACAACUCACUAGGCAGCCUCUCAAAUAUUGCCAUGUUUCUGGCCAUUUGCAAGAGACAAGUUGCACUGGGGCCAGCUUUAUCUUGAAGACUUUACGCUAUCCUCUCUGUCUCCAUUAAUUAAAAUGAUCCAAUGUUGAAUUUCAUGGAGCUGCUAGACACAGCUGUUUCCAAACAUCUGCUGUUGAGUUUAUAACAGAUGUACAUGAUGUAAAUACAUGAUUGUAGUGUCAAAUAGGAUAAACACUGAAUAAUUUCAUUUGACUACCUGAAGGCCAUUGGCAAUGUUGCACCGUGAAUGUCUUCAUUUUGUUCUUUAACUUCAUGCAUUCUGCUGUGUAGUGAGAGAUGUGACCCACGCCAAAUCAAACUGUUGCUAGUGACUCUUGUGGAUGCAGGAUCAGACACAUCAGCAGUGUUUCAUAAAUAUGACAAAGACAGAUCUUUAUAGACUGACUGAGCCUGAGCUGAAAAGCAGCUUAGGAAGGAGAGCUAAAAACACGAAGAAUUUGCUCAGAUCCACAGUUAAAUGUUAUAAAUGUGAAGAAAUCUGUUUCCAUGGAUCUAUUCUGGACAAGAACUGUCUUGAAUAGAAAGAAACAUACAUUAUCCUUUAGUAUUGAUUAGAUGAAGUCUCUUUUUUUUAAUUGAAAAAAAAAGAAUAGCAUCCACAAUCUCAUAUAUUUAAUACAUUUAUGGUAUUUUACAACUUGUACAUCCACAUUUUGAUAAUAAAUGCAUGCUCGUUCUGUCCAAUUGUGCUUUUCUUUUUAAGAGUUAUGUAAACAAAUUUCAUUUCAAAUUUUUUAAGACAUAAUUUAAGCCUUUGGAAGUGAUAGGCAUUUUAUUUGUAAUAACCUAUUUUUACUGUAUUGUUUCCAUUUUAUCUUUUAGAAAACAAAGUUCUUUGUAAUCAAAUAGAUUUUAAAAUUUUGUUUCACACUAUAUGUAAUUUUUUCGCCAAAAUUUUUUUCGUAAAAUAGAGAUUUUUUUAUGGCUCCAUGAAAUGAUAUGGUGUUCCUGUCCACAACAGAGAAGUUUACUAAAGCACUAAGGCAAAGACUUUACAUCUGUUAUAAGCAUAGUGUGGAUUUACUUGCUUAAUUUUGGCACAGACUGAAAUCAUAGGAUCAAACAAAGGGGUAGAGAUGCUUUGGUCUUAAAGAGAGUGGCUUUCAUUGCCCAGAAUAAACGGUUUCAUGAUCAUAACUCCUUAUAACGAUCCUUUAUUAUUAUUAUUAUUAAUAAUGUUUAUUUCACAUUGGAAGUUCCAGAGUAACAUUUUACAUAACAUCUGGAAAAACCUAUUUCUCUGUUUCAUUUAAAAUGUAUUACGAUCUUUGAUCUCAAUCCUAGAAAGAAAUGAAAGAUUUUAUGAGAGCAAUCCUAAACAAAUUAAUUGCACUUCUCAUUUGCGGGAUCCAUGCUGUAACAGAUAUUACAGAUUAAAGCCACAAAGCUUUAGGAGGUAAGGUCAGUAAUAUAUGAAGCAUGAAAUGUUCCUGAGAUGUCACUCACGAGGAUGUCAGCCUGCAUCUGCUUUGUGGAGCUCCUCGUGUGGGGCUGUAGUGCUUGCUAACAGACACCCAGCCACUAUGCAGUCUGUCUAUUGAACAAGUCCUGAUCCACAGCCUUUAAAAUACAAGAGUUUCAUCAAUGACACACUAAAAUCCAAGGAUUUUUCCUGCAAGUGGAAUUCAAUUAGCAGCAGGAGUCUUUUGAACAUUUGCAGUUUGAUCUGGCUGGCUGCAGGGGACUUUUGCCAAUGCUUCACUAAGCUGUUUUUGAGAUGAGCCUGGUUAUUUGAUAGAUGGCAUCUCCUUGAAUGUGUUUGUAGAGUGUUAUGCACGAAUGCAAUCCCACACAAAUGCUUUAAUUUCACAGUUGUCACCACACAGUCAUUUCUCAAGCAACUUUGCUACUUUAAAAAAAACUCAUGGCACUGAUGCUCAGGUGCAUCCAGAGUCCAUGACACCUCCCUGACUGCAAGCUGAACCUUACAUUGCAUAUAACUGUCUUCAUCUGCUUACUGUGCAGGUCAACAAACACUCUUGGCUACACUGUGGUGACCCAAUGCACUUUUCAUCUUUCCAUUCUAACACUAUAAAGAACUGUCCUACCAUGGGAAGCACCGAUAAUGGUGCAGAAGUGAGCUUGUUCUUAGCUUUGUGGGAAUCUAACAAUGACUAGAAGGAAAGUCGCGCGGCUUGGGAAUAAUCCUGAGAAGCUCUGGGAUGGAAUUUGUCUCCUUGAACUUCAGACUUGAACAAAAAUGCACAUGCCUGCAGCUCAGUUAGCCAGAUGUAGGCUCAAAAAAUAAGAAUAAAAAAAGAUGCUUGUAGGAUACGGUGCCUUCGGUCAGUCUUGAUUUUCUCCUUCAGCAGAUGGAUGUCCCUGUAGCUCUGCCUCCAUGGUGUAUAAAGUCAGCAUACACAGUCAUUGACAGAUGAAUCAUAUUUGUUAUGGCAUAGGCAUUUUGUAGAGAUGCAGUCUCAUUGUUAUGAGAAAAAAAGGAACGAUCAUGGUCAUUUCAGCAGCAGUAAGAAUGAGCCAUUUAAACAGUUUCCAUCCUCGCAUGGAAAAGUAGUAUUAUAUUUUAUACCAGAACAGUCACUUGCAAUGAGUGCUGCCUUGCUUUUCCAGCAGAAAUGAAAACAA